GCUAGGGGUACGAGUUAACAUAACAUCUAGCAUGGCGCGAAAUUCAUUCUGUUGUAUAGUGGCUAUGGAUGCUAAGCGGGGAAUCGGAAAGGAUGGUAAACUAGCAUGGAAAUUGAAAGGAGAUAUGCAGUUUUUCAAGGAACUAACAUCCAGUGUAGAAGCAGAAGAAAUCCACCAAGUGGUGUUCAUUACAUGUGUUCAAGCCUUGAUGAUGCACUGGAUUUGGUUUUCAAGGAACCCCUUGCAAGCAAGAUUGAGAGAGUAUUUGUAAUAGGUGGUGCUGCAGUGUAUAAGGAUGCCAUGGAUCAUAAAUCUUGCAGGAAGCUUUACACCACAGAAAUAGAUUAUGAAUAUGGAUGCGAUGUUUUCUAUCCAGAAUUUGACAGAAAUAUCUAUAAGCCGAUUAGAGACGAAAAAGUGUCAUCUGAAGUCCGGGAAGAGGAUGGCGUGUCUUACAAGUUCUGCGUUUAUGAGAGGAUUUGAUUUACAGUCCACCGACACAAUCCUAAACAAAUAUAUUUAUUGGGUACCCCAUAUUUACUUGGUCAAGUAUGCCAAGAACAGCGAAGUACUAGAACUGCUGCUGUCAACUGUUUAGAAAAAUUGCAAUCACUGCUUUGGCAAUCGUUUAGCACUUCAUUUCAAA